AUGACAACCUAUCUAGCCGAAGUAGAAACUCCCAUCGCCGCCACCUCCAUAAAGGACAACAUCCAGCAGGAGGUCAAAAUAAUCAAGAGAAAAUUAAAUGGUUAUGUUGGAUUCGCCAACUUACCAAAGCAAUGGCACAGAAAGUCCAUCAGAAGAGGCUUCAGUUUGAACAUCAUGGCUGUUGGUGAAGCAGGUUUGGGUAAAGCUACCUUGAUCAACACUCUUUUUAAUCGCGAAAUUUUGAAGAAAGAGGUCGAAGUCGAAGAAGAGCAAGAGUCCAGCGAAACAGUUUCCGUCAAGAUCAAGAACACCACUGCCGAAAUAGAUGAGGAUGGUGUCAAGUUGAAGUUGAACGUAAUCACCGCCCCAGGAUUCGGCGAAUCUGUGAACAAUGUCAACUCAUGGAAGAUUAUCGUAGACGAAAUCAACAGCAGAUUCGAUUCUUUCUUGGAAGCUGAAAGCAGAAUCAACAGAUCAACUGUGAAUGAUGAAAGAGUGCACGCUUUCCUUUACUUCAUUGAACCAACUGGCCACUCUUUGAGAGCCUUGGAUAUAACUUUGAUGAAGCAGGUUCACGAGAAAGUUAACUUGAUUCCAGUUAUUGCCAAGUCUGAUACCUUGACAGGAGAAGAAAUUGCCGAGUUCAAGCAAAGAAUCUUGGAAGAUAUCAAGUAUCAAGGUAUAAAGACCUUCCAGCCACUCGACUUCGAAAAUGACGAAGAAGAAACCGUCUUAAACACUAAGCAAAUUUUGAGCAAGUUUCCAUUCGCUGUUGUCGGUUCUACCAAAGAAGUUGAGACUCCAGAUGGAAGAAUUGUUAGAGGUAGAAGCUACCCAUGGGGUGUUAUUGAAGUUGACAACGAAGACCACAACGAUUUCAUCAAGUUACGUCAAUUAUUGGUGAGAAACUUCUUAGAGGAAUUGAAGGAACAUACUGCCAAUACUUUGUACGAAAACUAUAGAACUGAAAAGUUGAACAGAAUGGGAAUUGCCCAGGACAACACCGUUUUCAGAGAAUUCGACCCAUUGGCCAAACAAGAAGAAGAAAGAGCAUUGCACGAAGCCAAGUUGGCCAAGAUGGAAGCCGAAAUGAAGGCUGUUUUCCAACAAAAGGUGUCCGAGAAGGAAAAGAAGUUGCAAAGAUCUGAAGCCGAUUUGUUUUCCAGACAUAAGGAAAUGAAGGACAAGUUGACCAAGCAAAUAAAGUUGUUGGAAGAUAAGAAGGUCCAAUUGGAGAAGCAAAAGACCUUACCACAAGAGCCAGCUGCUAGCUCACCCGCUCCCACAAAGACCCGUAAAGGAUUUUUACGUUAG